AUCAUGGCUUACCCUCAGCUCGCUGUGAGAGUGUCCGUCAUGAACGGAGAAGGCCUAUGGGAAUGCAUAGGCACAGGGCAAGUCUCAACCAUCUACAUUGAGCGGCUGGAGAGCGUGUGCCUACUUGUUCAGUCAGAGAUGGAUGGCUCGGUUAUGUUGGAGUCCAAGAUAGAGCCCGAAACACUCUAUCGGAAAAAGCAAGGUACGAUAAUUGUGUGGUCUGAAGCCGAGAAUUUUCGCAUAGCGCUCACUUUUCAGGACCCGGAAGGCUGUCAGGAGAUCUGGGAAGAAAUAUGUCAAGCUCAAGGUAAAGAUCCAACUGCGGAAGACACACGAGACAUUUUAGAUGAAAGUGAACAAUAUGAUGACAUGUUAGAAACUGUUGAACCUUUUGAGCCACCUAUCUGUGAACUCAGUACAAUAACUCACCUUGCUAAUUUCUUUAACUCAUUUUUUGUUUCACCUACCCGUAAGGAAAGGCUGGCUCUCAUCUUGGAAAGUGGGAGUUAUAUUAAAAAACUACUGCAGCUUUUCCAAAUUUGUGAGAGCCUAGACAAUACUGAAGGGUUACACCAUUUGCACAACAUUGUUAAAGGUAUCUUAUUCCUCGAUAAAACUCCUCUGUUUGAGAUUAUGUUUUCUGAUGAGUGUAUUAUGGAUGUGGUAGGAUGCCUUGAGAAUGACCCUGCUUUGCCUCAACCAAAAAAACACAGAGAAUUCAUGGCCCAAAGUGUAAAAUUCAAGGAAAUUAUACCAAUAGCAAACUCUGAACUUAGGCAAAAGAUACAUCAGACAUACAGAAUACAGUACAUUCAUGAUAUUCUAUUGCCUACACCAUCCAUAUUUGAGGACAAUCUUCUUCCAUCUCUUACUAACUUUAUUUUGUUCAACAAGAUUGAGAUAGUCAACAUGCUACAGGAAGAUGAUGUAUAUUUGUCUGAAGUUUUUGCACGGUUAAAGGAUAACAACACAGAUGAUGAAAAAAAGUGUGAACUUUUACUACUUUUCAAGGAAUUCUGUGAAUUUUCCCAGACAUUAUAUCCUCAAAGCAAAGAUGAACUACUCAAAAGGUUGGUAAACCGAGGAGUUCUUUGUGCUCUUAAAAUUCUUAUGCGCAUGGAUAAUUUCCAAAUAAAGACAAUUGCUACAACUAUAUUUGCUUAUCUAGUGGAGUACAGUCCAUGUGUAAUCCGACAAUUUGCAAUGAAUGAAGCUCAUGAGGAUAAAGAUGAUGAACUUCUGAUUAAUAUAGUAAUUGAGCAAAUGAUCUGUGAUACAGAUCCUGAACUUGCAGGUGCUGUGAAUUUAGUGGAACCUCUUCGUUCUUUGCUUGACACAGAGACCAUGCUGGUAUCAGUUUACGAAUUUGAAAGAAUUAAAUUUCUAAAUUUCUUCUAUAAAUAUUGCAUAAAUAACUUGGCAGCACCACUUUUAUCCAGCACUGCAAAAGAGUUGGAUGAUGGACUUGACGGAAACAAAAGUUGCCCCAGUGCUGUUCGUUUUAUGAGAGAGAUACUUCGUGUUAAAGAUGAACAAUAUAAUAAUUACAUAAUCCAGGGAAAUCUUUUUGAGCCAGUUGUAAAUGCCUUUUUGGCUAAUGGAGCUCGCUACAACAUACUAAAUUCGGCUAUUCUUGACCUAUUUGAAUAUAUAAGUGUGCAAAAUGUCAAGUGUCUUGUUGCACAUGUAGUUGAAAAGUUUUAUAAGUCUUUUGAAUCAAUUGAAUAUGUUCAGACAUUCAAAAACUUGAAGAUUAAAUACGAACAGGAAAAAGACAGACUAAAUCGGGCAGAGGCUUUACAUUCUGCACUAUAUGGAGAUAGCAAAGCCAUGGAGGUGGAAAAAAAAAAGUGUUUUUUCAGAAAUAUAAGUGAAGUUGUUAUGCCACCAAUGGAAAACAUUCCAGAAGGUGAUGAAAACUUUAUGGAGGCUAAAAGCACAAAAGAAAAUGAAGACAAUACAGACUUUGCCAAAAGAACAUCUUCUGGUGUCUUCCUGUUUUCUUCAUUUUUUUCUGAUGGUGCUGGUGAUGGAAUGAGUAGUUCGCAUAGUAACAGUGUGGCUAGUAUAGUGGAUUAUCCUGAUGAUAACAAUAAGGAAGAAGACGAAGAAAAAACAUCUCCCAGCAAAAAACCGCAUUUUAGCUCAUAA